AAAAAACGCCCACGACCUCACUACCCCCGCCCCGGCGGCUAUAUUUUGUACUUGCGAAAUAAAACUCGAAUACGGAUUCGUAUCAGCAGGUGGUCAGAUUCGCAUUUACGAACUUGAAGCUGAUUCUCGGUCGAAGAGCGGAAUUCAAACAGGUGACUUGGUUCUGUCUUUCGAAUUGUCUUUGCUUUUCCUUCUGAGUUUUAUGUGUCCCUGUUGUAUGAUGUCUAUGUCUAUCUCUAUGUAGCAGAUCAUUAGGAGGGCGAGAAAAAAAGUGUCACGCGCCAAACCGAGCAUAGCCAGAGUAACCACGCUGACCCCAUUUUUCAAUCCAGCGGGGGUGAGUAGUUUGUUGCAGUAGUCCCAAUCCCAAAUACCAAAGAUAAUUCAUUGGUGUAGUCCUUGAGUUAAAGUUCUUUGCAGAGCAUGGUGGGUGCAACAGCUUCAGCGAGUUUUGAGACAGGUUCCGGGGGCAGCGCGACUGGUCUCAAGCGCAGCGGUGCAGGAGUCAAUGCUAACCACAAUCACGAACCGUCCCUCAACCAUCGACCACAAGAAAGCGGAAGCACUGACAAAACGGCGCUGCAUGAGCUGAUUCAGAAGUACGGAGAUUGUACAUUGCGGGAUCUGGUGUUGAAGUACGUCGACUCAGAGAUAGACCGACUAAUCAGCGCAUCAAAUCAGCACUUACAGCAAUUCAGUGAGGAAUUGCUGGCGACAAAAGAACGGUCGCACUGACGAGGCAUGGGGCUGCAAAACGUGAAAGACAACGGGACAGCACUCCGCCUAUACAGGUAAACAGAAGAUGAAGACGGAAUGUAUUGCGCCUGGAGUCUCAGAGAGGCAAUUAUUGCCAAAUACGGACGAGUCGAGGCGCGGCCACGCAAGUACAGUAGUCAAUGACAAUGUUCUUGAGUACAGAACCACAGUCACAGCAUCACGUCGGUUACUUACCACGAACAGAGCCACGUACUAUCUAUGCACAUGAUUCUGGAGUUUCAUGAUUGGAAGAGACAGAAAAUGGUUCACAUGAAGAAGUGUGCAAGAGGCAACGGCAGAGUUGAAACUAAAGCUGCAAAGAAGAUCCCAAAGAGUCCUAUCUUCGUUCAGUACUAGCCUUAUCCCGCUUCCCGUGUCCAGUAACCUGCAGACUUAAUAGUAUUCCGCUAGAUGAAUAGUAGCACAGACUCAGCGUCCAUCUGUGGAAAAUCGGUUCCGGCGCUUCAGCACAGGCAGGCCCAUCCGCCUGCGAUUUUGAAAGCGCCAGACUGGCUUGGCCACGAUCCGGCACCGGCGCGGCUGGCAGGUUGGCCUUUGCCGCCAUCUUGCGUGCUGGCACCG